UCUCCGGACGGUCGACCACUUCCGCCGUGGCUGGUUUACGCAACAGACGGAUUUAAUCAGUCGGCAUUUGUCACAAGCGUUUUCUCGUGCGAGGAUUCUCAGCGAAAAGAAAUGUUGCGCGUCGUAGCGACACGCGUGGCCUCGGCGGCGCGCACCGCGAUGGUGCCGCGGGUCGCCGUUGUCGGCACGCAGUGCACCAGAGCGGCCCACGGCGGUGCCAAGGAGACCGACGAGGAGUUCGAUCAGCGAUACGUGAAUUUCUUCAAUCGCAACGAUAUCGAUCACUGGGAGAUCCGGAAGGCCAUGAACGAUCUGGGCGGUAUGGAUCUUGUACCAGAACCAAAGAUCGUAUGCGCAGCAUUAAGAGCUUGCAGAAGGUUAAAUGACUUUGCGCUCGCUGUAAGGUUCCUAGAGUGUGUGAGAGAUAAAGGUGGGCCGCACGCCGGCAAGAUUUAUCCUUACAUUCUUCAAGAAAUCAGACCCACCUUGGACGAGCUGGGUAUCAGCACGCCCGAGGAGCUAGGAUACGACAAGCCAGAAUUAGCCUUGGAAUCGGUGUAUCAUAUGUAAUGAACUAAAAGAAAAACUGUAUACUGUAUAAAUUCUAGUAUUUAUAUAUUCUUUAGCUGCUGCUCCCCAGAUGCGAACAUUGAGAGAAUAAUUUGUCAAAUUGAAUUAUACAUGUAUCUGCGUUACCAGCAGCACUGUUGAAUAAACAAUCACAAUUACGUAA